AUGGGUCUCAAAAUUUCAUCUCCCGAUCACUUAACAGAAUCAGAGAGUGAAGAAGAUAGAAUGGUCUAUCUGUGUAGUAGCGUUAGAGAAUGAUGGGAAUUCUCUGAAGAAGACUACCCCAUAAUGCCCAACCUAACACCUCUUGAGAGCCUUUACUGCUAGGUUAAGGACCUUUUAAAAUAUUCUAAAACUUGGAAACCUUUAGGUCCUAACUCCGGGUUGUAUCAUGCUGAACUCUUAGAACAAAACAAUGCAGUCUACAAACUUCAAGAGACAGGUCUAAGACUCUCCUAUUGUUUCCAUUGUGUCCCCAAACUGGAUCCAAUUCCUGAUGACCCUCUGGUUUCUUGUGAGGUCCCACGCUUUCAAAUGCCUCUUAAAAGUCCCAGCCAGCAGGCUGAGCAUUGGUGGUGA